CGCUGGUGGUUGAUACGCCGAGAGAGAGUCUUCCAGGAAAUCCACCCGAAAACCAAAACCCCACGCACAAUGAGACCAAGCUGGAUUCAGUUGGCGGCUCUAUUGCUCCUAAUUGCAGUGGCUUCUGGAUUGCGACCCCCAAGGUCCUAUUACCGCAGGAGCUAUUACAGUGCCGUGGCUCCAGGAUCUAGUGCAGUGCCAGGACCCAUCAGACUCAGUCCUUCGGGAUAUCUUCGUACCGAUCUGCAGACCAACGAAAGCAAGCACCGUCCCAUCAGCAAGAAAUAUCCCAAAAAAAGUCACUACAGGCCCUAUGGAUCGCAAGAAGAGGAUGACUAUUCUGGAGAGCGCUACAAUUCGGCGGAGUAUUCUGGGGAAUCAUCUGUCCAGGAUAGUCGGGAGUAUACGAUUGGCACCCAAAUUCGUGUUCAGCAUCCGAUCACGGUACCGAAAAAGACCAGCAAUUCCGGUUCCAUUUACUCAAAACAGCCCAAGUAUGUGACAGCCAUUCCAUACAAGUCCACUGGAUACGCUGCGGAUGUUCAUGUGGGCUCCUCCGCAGAAGAGAUCGGUCCUCCGCCGAAGCGCUCCAAGUGGAAUCCGGUGCAGUACGAUGCGGAAGUGGAUCCCUUUCACCUAGUACCACCGCCAAAGGCCACUGCUGCCUCCACCAGCAAUUCGUACAGUGUCUACGAACCGGAACAUGAUGACUAUGAAGUAGUGCCAGUGCCGCGUCCGAAGACUCACGAUCGCUACAAGAAUGUGGCUUCCAAGAAACAAAUCGAGGCCUAUUUGGAGGACCAGCAAAAGCUCCUGGACGAGGCCAUCAAAGUGCAACUCCUGAAUAAUCCAAAGCUUCAGAAAUUCCUGAAGGCCCAGGCCGAGGAACAGGAGCACGCAUCCCGUCCGGACCUAGAGAUCGAGGACUUCGAGGCCUAUCCUCCCAACUUUUCUGGGCCCGGUCCCCUGCGCAGUAAAUACAUUGACCAUCCCCCGCCCCCGCCAAAAGGAUCUCGCACACGCCGGCGUCCUCCUGGCAGCGAUCACAAACGUCCACCAAAAUCCAAGCCCAUCAUCAAGCCCAAGCGGAAGUACCGAUCCACAGCAUUGGUCAUCAAUGUGUAG